UGAGUUGUAGCACGAAGCUUCAGAUUGUCUGUGACUAUCACCGCCGUUGAUGAAGACAACUGAUUAUGUAUUGUGGCGAGCCGUUGCUAAGCUUCGGGCUCCAUCCUAGCCCUGCGACAGCCCACAUGCGUCAGAAACCGAUUGUGCCCGAUGUAUGAUCGCACUUGGGGUUGCAAUUUACUAACAUCGUGGUCUUAUAGUAUUAUGAUGGCAGGCACGUCACCUUUCGGAACUCACCAGUCUCCUUCCUUUCACUCUUCUUCCUAUUUGCCCAAGUUGGAGGCCAACUUCAUGCGAGAUUUCACCUGCUGCGGCAAGAUCCUGCCUAAUCUCCACGACUUGCUGCAACAUUACGAGGAAGCCCACACGCAACCUAGCCCGAACACAGCCCGAAAUAAUGCCUUUUCUCAAUUCUCUCAGCUGGGCCUGCCCAACGCCCCUCGGAUGUCCAUGUCUCGAGCUGGGUCAGCAGCGCCAGGCGGCAGUUCCCUCGCAACGAGCCAACUAGGACAACAUAACCGCGGCCAACAGGCCUCCCAUGAUACGCAUGGAAGCUCUGCAAUGGCGUCAAACCUGAAUGAUGAGAUGGAUGCUGUUGCAGAUAUGGAAAUGGACGAUGCUGUAGGCACGAUGGAGAUGGACGAUAGCCAGCGAAUGUCCCAAACAAGGCAACUUUUUGGUCAGCAACAGAGGCCCGAGCUGAACAUGAACACCUCUGGUCUUACACAGGGCCUACGGACCUCUCAGCCACCCACUCCCGCUGCCGCAAGUUUUGGCCUGCAGAACAACCCCACAGUCUCUUCCGUUAAUACACCUACUCUUACGACACAAGGACAAGUACCACACACCCAGCAAGUCGAUAUGGAGGAAGACCUACCUGGUAUGCCCAUGGGUGGCAACACGAACGAUAUCGGCGAUAUGAGCUUUGGCGGAAACCAGAACAAUAGCGAUUCAAACUUUUGCAUAAACGAUCCUGGGAAACACCUUUUCAGCUCCACUGGGGCUUUCCCUGCUGCCAACCGUUCCAUUCAGGCACAAUUGCAACAGCUAGGAAUUAACCAAGCCCAGUUGAACGACCCACAGGCCAACAAGAUUCUCAUGCAGCGUUUGCAGAGCAUGAUGAUGCCUGAAGAGCACAAGCCGUUCAAAUGUCCAGUCAUUGGUUGCGAGAAGGCGUACAAAAACCAGAACGGUCUCAAAUACCACAAAACUCAUGGCCAUCAAACUCAACAACUUCAUGAGAAUGGAGACGGUACCUUUUCUAUCGUCAACCCAGAAACCAGUGCCCCUUACCCCGGAACAUUGGGAAUGGAGAAGGAGAAGCCUUUUAGCUGUGAAACAUGCGGCAAACGAUAUAAAAACUUGAAUGGACUAAAAUACGCACAUUCCCUUCCAUGCAAUCCUGACUUCAAGCUUCAGGCUCUUGCAGCGGGUAUGAACUUGCCGGGAAUAGGAGAAGACCAAAUGAUGCAAUAGUAUACAGCACGCUGUCAAGACCUUGUCUGAAAGCAUUGAGGAAGUCAAACUUCUAUACUUACGAGCGACGUCUUGGAUCUCGGCAGCUGAAUUCAGUGCAAAUGCUGGUACUAACUCUCGGCUCUUUCCGGGCUACCAUAUCGAUCUUAUAUGCGCUCUCGGUGUCUCUUU